GCCCUCGGGGGCAGAGCAGCCAAAAUGCACGCGCAGGUCUGUCCCUACUUGGUCACCGUCCCGACCCAGGCCGGGCAGGCCUGCUCACAUCUGGGAGCGUCUCCGCCCACGGGGGCCUCUCCGCCACAGCCCGGCGCCUGCCGGUGCAGGGGACACAGCACUUAGAAAACCCGGACUCCGGCGCAGGAAAGUUGGCGCUGGGAAGAGUUCAGAAGUGGGCGGGAGCGCAUUUUUUUAAAAAAGGGUGGAAACCCCACCAGCCAAGUCUGCAGAAAAAGUAAAUGAAGUCUGCCUAUCUGGGCCGGAGCCCCUCCCCUCGGCCCGCGCACAGGAGCCGACCCAGGGCCGCUUCCUCUGGCUGCGGAGGGUCAGCGCAGGCCCCGCGACCCCGCACCGCUCCGCCGGCCCCUCGGCCCCUGCGCGCCGCGACGGGACCCUCCCCGGCCAUCGCCGAUGAGCAGCCUCAACGCCACUUCGCCUGACCCCCCCGAGCCCGGCCCCUGGAUGGCGUGGACCACCAUGGACAUAGCCAUCAUGGCAGGAGUGAUCACCGCCGUGGCCGUCUUCCUGGUCGGCCUGCUCCUGCUCAUUCUGCACUACAUGUACCGGCACAAGGGCACGUACCGCACGCACGAGGACAAGGGCACGGAGUUUGCUGAGAGCGCAGACGCGGCCCUGCAGGGCGACCCGUCGCUCCAGGAUGCUGGGGACAGCAGCAGAAAGGAGUACUUCAUCUGAGGGCACCACACCUCCCCUCCCCCACGCCUCCUCCUACUCAGGACUUCACACCGCCACCCGUGCCACCAAGCAGACCGCCGGGGCACCCCCUCGGCCCAAGCCACACGCGUGGCCUGGGAACCCUGGGCUGGGGCGCUGGGAGGAGAGGAGGAGCCCAGCAGGGAGGCCCCUCCCGGGGACGGUGACCCCCAGAUGCCAGCCUUUGUCUGUAGGGGAAAUUCGGGGUCCUCUGGGCAGUGCCAUUGUCAUCAGGGCACGUGUAAGUCCCUGCUGGGUGUGAGUGGGGUGGGGGCUGUGGAAGCAAGAAGAGUCAGGCUGUGCUGCCUGGGACGAUGGCAUCCGAUGUCAGUCCUUGACAUUUCGGGGAGCAGCAGGUGACUGAGCUGAAGCGGCUUUGUCUUCCAUCGAUCCCCCUCUCAGUGACAGGAAAUAAAUUUGAAACGUACCUGA